AGACUGGCGUAUGGAAUGUUGUCACUAGACUGGAGUUAUAGGCCGGCCAUCUUGCUGGCGCUGUGUAUGAUCCGCCCUGCUGGUUGCGGAAGCGGUAGAUUCAGCGGGCCCAAAGAAGAAUUCGGGCUGAUGUGAAGGGGGGACUCGGGAGGCGAGUGCUGCAUGGGCAGCCCUAACAACUGACGCUGCGUUUAGAGUCUCUGUGAAAAUGUACUCUGAAUGGAGGACACUGCACUUGGUCCUUAAGAAUGAUCAGGGCCACACCAGCGUGUUGCACAGCUACCCAGAGAGUGUGGGCCGUGACGUGGCUAAUGCAGUGGUGCGACCACUGGGGCAGGCUCUCAAUGCACCCUCCUCGGCAGCAAGUGAAAGCAUAUUAAAAACAGACAAAGAGGUGAAAUGGACCAUGGAGGUUAUUUGUUAUGGGCUUACCUUGCCUCUGGAGGGAGACACUGUAAAAUAUUGCGUGGAUGUUUACACAGAUUGGAUGAUGGCUCUCGUAGGCCAUAAGGAUUCCAUUCCACAGCCGGUUUUGAGAGAACCAAACAUGUAUAUCCAGAUCAUUCUCAAGCAUCUUCAGAAUGUCUUUGUGCCAAGGCCAGACCAGAUGAUGAGCCAGAUCCGCCUUUGUCUGCAGGUUCUUCGAGCUGUUCAGAAGCUUGCCCGUGAUUCUCUUCUUAUAGCCCGCGAGACAUGGGAGGUCCUGCUUUUGUUCCUCCUGCAGAUAAAUGACACCCUUCUCGCUGCUCCCACUGUGGCUGCUAGCAUAGCCGACAGUCUGGCCGAAAAGCUGAUGGGGGUCCUUUUUGAAGUUUGGCUCUUGGCCUGUACGCGAUGCUUUCCUACGCCUCCUUAUUGGAAGACUGCCAAAGAAAUGGUGGCCAACUGGCGUCACCACCCAGCCGUGGUGGAACAGUGGAGUAAAGCUAUCUGUGCGCUGACUUCCAGGUUGCUGAGGUUUUCCUACGGCCCCUCAUUUCCUCCAUUUAAAGUUCCAGAGGAAGAUGCCAGUCUGAUCCCAGCAGAAAUGGAUAAUGAAUGUGUCACACAAACUUGGUUCCGGUUCCUUCACAUGCUGAGCAAUCCAGUGGAUUUAAGCAACCCCAGUAUCAUUGGCACAACACCCAAAUUUCAGGAGCAGUUCCUGAAUGGCAAUGGGGCUUCCCAGGAGAUAAACCAGUAUGCUUGCCUUAAGCAGCUGCCUCAUAUCUUCUUCAAAGCGAUGCGUGGGGUUAGUUGCCUUGUGGAUGCUUUCCUAGGCGUUGCCGUCAUUAAGAAAGAAAUACCCAAAUACCCAAGAAUACCCAAAUAUGGCAUCUCGCGUCCCAGGUCCGACAGUGCUCCACCGACUCCAGUGAACAGGUUAAGCAUGCCUCAAAACGCGUCCACCAACACUACCCCACCACACAGCCGAAGGCACCGUGCAGUCACUGUGAAUAAGACCACCGUAAAAACCAGCACGUCUGUCGCAGCACAUGGAGCAAAGAUGCAACACCAACCAUCUUCCACCUCUCCCCUCUCCAGCCCCAACCAAACGAGCUCCGAGCCACGACCUCUCCCAGCCCCUAUGAGGCCCAAAGUCAAUAGCAUCCUAAAUCUGUUUGGUUCAUGGCUGUUUGAUGCAGCUUUGGUGCACUGCAGACUGCAAAAUGGCGUCAAUCGAGAUAGCAGCAUGACGGCAUCUUUUGUCCAAAUUCUUCUUUCUUAUAAAUCUUCAAUGACAACCCAGGCCGCUGUUGAGUUUCGUCGUAAAGGUUCCCAAAUGUCCACAGACACCAUGGUUUCCAGCACAGUGUUUGAAGCCGCAGAAUUUCCGGAGAAUUAUGAGGCAGGAAGAGCCGAGGCUUGUGGGACCUUGUGUAGGAUAUUUUGCAGCAAGAAAACGGGAGAGGAAAUCCUGCCUGCAUAUCUCUCCAGGUUUUAUAUGGCCUUAGUCCAAGGUCUUCAGAUUGGCGACUUCAUCUGCCACCCUGUUCUAGCAAGCAUCAUCCUGAACUCUCCGCCUCUUUUCUGUUGUGACCUCAAGGGGAUAAAUGUUGUGGUUCCUUAUUUCAUCUCUGCACUUGAAACCAUUUUGCCAGACAGGGAACUUUCAAAGUUUAAAAACUACGUUAACCCCACAGAGCUCAGAAGAUCCUCCAUUCAUAUUUUACUUUCGCUGCUGCCUCUACCCCACCAUUUUGGCACCCUCAGGUCAGAGGUCCUACUGGAAGGAAAGUUUAGCAAUGAUGACAGUUUGGGCAGCGACAAACCAGUCACCUUUCUUUCUCUGAAGCUUCGACUUGUCAAUAUACUGAUAGGAGCAUUGCAAACUGAAACGGAUCCAAACAAUACACAAAUGAUUCUAGGUGCCAUGUUAAACAUAGUCCAAGAUUCUGCGUUUUUGGAGGCAACUGGCAACCAGGUAGAAAUGAUUGAGAAUAACCUGCUGAAAAGCCACAGUCGAACAAACAGCGGUAUAAGCACAGCAAGUGGCAACAGCACAGAGCCUACUACCCCGGACAGUGAGAGACCUGCACAAGCCCUGCUGAGAGAUUACGGAUACCCAGCUCUUAAUACAGAUACAGCGGCCGGCCUGCUCAUGCGCAGCAUUCACUUGGUCACCCAGAGACUCAACUCGCAGUGGAGGCCAGACAUGAGCAUCUCGCUGGCUGCCUUGGAACUGCUGUCUGGAUUGGCCAAGGUAAAGGUUGGUAUAGACUCUUCAGACAGGAAGAGGGCAGUGAGUUCUGUGUGCACCUACAUUGUAUACCAGUGCUCCCGACCAGCUCCUCUUCAUUCCCGGGAUCUCCACUCCAUGAUUGUAGCUGCCUUUCAGUGCCUGUGCGUGUGGCUUACAGAGCAUCCAGACAUGUUAAAUGAAAAGGAUUGUCUAAAAGAGGUUCUUGAGAUUGUAGAACUGGGUAUAUCUGGUAGCAAAUCAAAAAAUCCCGAACUACAGGAGGUGCGUUACAAAGGGGAUAAGGAGCCCAAUCCAGCCUCUAUGAGAGUGAAAGAUGCGGCAGAAGCAACACUAACAUGUAUCAUGCAGCUACUUGGGGCUUUUCCCCCUCCUAGUGGCCCGGCCUCCCCCUGCAGCCUAGUAAAUGAGAUGACCCUCAUCACGUACUCUAGGCUGCCUACGGUCAGCAAGUACAGCUUCCGAUACUUUGUGCUGGACAACAGUGUUAUACUGGCCAUGCUGGAGCAGCCGCUGGGCAACGAACAAAAUAACCCUAGUCCAUCAAUCACUGUUCUGAUCCGAGGGAUGUCUGGCCGCCAUGCAUGGUCCAUGCAACUGUGUCACCUUCCACGAGCUGCAAGAGCCAAUCAGAGGAUGUUCAUCCCUGAGCCAAGGCCGGAGCCUAAUAACUACGUAGGCAUCAAAUACAAUGUUAAGCAUCGUCCUUUCCCAGAAGAGGUGGAUAAAAUUCCCUUUGUUAAGGCCGAUCUAAGUAUCCCUGAUUUGCACGAGAUCGUUAAUGAAGAGUUGGAAGAGAGGCACGACAAGCUAAAGCAGGGGAUGGCCAAACAGAUAUCAUACGAGACUGGUCUGGACCAUCAAAAAGAGGAGGAGCUGAAUAAGAGAAGUUAUCCUGACCCAGUAACUGAGUGCAAGCCUCCCUCUCCAGCACAGGAGUUCCAAACUGCCCGCCUUCUCCUCUCCCACUUUGGCUUCCUCUCUCUUGAAGCACUUAAAGAACCUGCCAACAGCCGCCUACCUCCUCACCUCAUUGCACUUGACUCGCACAUGCCUGGCUUCUUUGAAGAUAUUGGGUACUUGGAUCUACUGCCCUGCCGCCCCUUCGAUACUGUUUUUAUUUUCUACAUGAAGGCAGGACAAAAAACAGGUCACGAGAUCUUGAAGAAUGUGGAGUCUUCCAAAAAUGUGCAGCCACAUUUCCUGGAGUUCCUGCUAUCCUUGGGCUGGCCGGUGGAUGUGGGCAAGCACCCCGGCUGGACUGGCCAUGUUUCCACCAGUUGGUCCAUUAACUGCAGUGGUGAGACUGAGCAACAGGAACAAGAGGAAAUGCCUCCAGCAGAUGACACAGGAGGGAGUAUAUUUAAUGGGGAGAAGAAAGUUCUCUACUAUGCGGAUGCCCUGACUGAGAUUGCUUUUAUUGUUCCAUCAGCUGUGGACUCUCAAACCGAUUCAGUGGAACAUAACACCUCAGAUGUUGAUGCGGAUUCAAACAUGGAUCUUCUCCCGGGGAUUUUAAAGCAGCCGCUUACCCUCGAGCUUUUCCCUACACAUGUUGAAAAUCUCAGCUCAGCACAAAGGCAUAGUCCUACAUCACGUACUAAAAAGCUGCCCCAAGGACGUGUUGUCCCACCCAUGGGUCCCGAGACCAAGGUGGCAGUUGUAUGGCUGGAGCAGUACGAUGAUUUAGAAAACUUCCCUCUACCAGACCUUGCAGCAGAGACCAGUACUGGUAUAGAGACCACUACAAACAGCAGCACUUCUAUCCGUAACAGUCUUCCGGAGAAAGAGUUCCCUGUGAUUUUCAUCCACCCUUUGUACACUGGCCUGUUCAGAGUUAAAGUGCAUGGAGCCUCUGGGAAAUUCAACAUGGUCAUCCCUCUUGUUGAUGGAAUGGUGGUGAGCAGAAGAGCACUUGGUUUCUUGGUCAGACAGACGGUCAUCAACAUCUGUCGGAGGAAGCGGCUGGAAAGCGACUCGUACAACACUCCGCAUGUGCGUCGGAAGCAGAAAAUCACUGACAUAGUCAAUAAGUACAGGAACCGGCAGCUUGAGCCUGAGUUUUACACUUCUCUCUUUCAUGACGUUGGCCUAAAGAGCUGCACCCCGUAAAUCUAGUAACAUUCCGGUGCUGAAAAAUAAGGGGCUUCGGUGAAGGUCUGUAUCCAGGGGAGCCUGUAAACCAAAAAUAAGAGUUGUUGUCUGGGUAGUGGAGAAGCCUCCCUAACACACAGGCUGAAAAUCUAAUGUGUCAGAGGGUCGACCCAAAGCACCACUCACUUAAGUAGACCUUUCUGUUAAGUCGCAUGUGGAUCCUCAGCACAGAACAUUGUCCACUCACAUAGCUGUCUCUCUGUGGACUCUGAACUCAAGAGAUUCAUUUUGUAUCACCUUCACUGCCAAGAUAUCAGCUGUGGCUCCAGAAGAGGGCUUUGGUCAGUUAAGGUCUUUAUUGGUAUGGAGAAAGUGUAUCUCAUGCAAUUCUGAAUUGAUGCACUGGACCAACAGACCGGGAACUCUGCUUCUAUCUGAGUCCAAACCUUCCGUGUCGGUGCACUGCAACCUAUCUCCAAAACAAUGGCAGCCAAGGAGAGUGAAGGAUUUCUUCUCCUCAUUUUGUUGGAGGUUUCUCAGACAAAUGUCACAGCCUUUAUGCAAUUUUAAUUUUUCAACACACAGAGCUGUGGAAAAAGACACUUAAUUUCCAUUGGUCAGUUUUUAUUUUAGUUUGCCACAAUUAUCCUACAAAGAAUUCCAAGCGUUGUGCUCCGGCUCACCGCUUACAGUCUCACUUUAUUGUUUGCAUUAAGCCAUAAAGAAACUCUCUAUAUUAUCCCUAUGGCUAUUUAUUCCUGGGUUUGCCAAGGGUCCCAGUGGGAAGGGGCUAAGCUGUUCAUCUCCCUGUUCUAAUGACUUCUACUCUGGGAGGCCCUGGUCCCGUAUAUUUCUGUUAUAAACCAUCUGGGGGGUAUGAGAUCUUACUAAACGGUCAGCUGCAUUUUUUUUAUAUUCUUUAUCAGAUUCAUUUCUUCUCCGUUUCAUAGUUAGCACAGGUAUUAUCUUUUUUUUGUUCAUGUAUAGCAUCGCUUUUUAUCUUCACCUGCUGGGUUGGUUAGAGGAGCCCCUCCCCCAAAAUGUUAUGGAGUCGUGUAUCUUUGUGUGGAAUGCUUAGACUGACCUAAGAUGAAGCAGUUAGUGUAGCAUCUUCCACUUUUAUAUAACAAGCUAAAUUAAAAUGUGUCCAGAGCGCACAAUCCACCAUGCCUUCAAACGGUAUCAGAAUUUCCAAAAAGUCCUUUCCAUUGGUGUCGGCGUGAGUUGUGGAAAUUGCUUCCUCCUGCAUUUUCAUGCAGGUUUAUACUGGCAGAUUCACACUGACACUUAUAGAAAGGUAUUGUCAACCAUUUCGUCACCCGUCUGUGUCAUUACCCUAAAAGGAAUGCCGCUGCUUAAAACUAGGUUAUAUUUUCCCAUUAAAGAAGGGCAUUUGUGUUGUAGUUCAGCAUUUCAACAGUCCGGAAGCAAGUCAGCACAACCACAGGAAGUAAUACUGUGAUAUCAACCCAAGCCUAUCACCUUCCCGAAAUUAGCAAAGCCUCAUUGGUUAGUUAAUCUUGCCAACAUUCCUGGAACCAAUCAAGUUCUUCUGAAUUCAAAGUAACUCAUCCCUGGAACUCAAUUAAAGAUGUAAUAAAGUGUUGGUUAUUCUACGCAAGACUGCUUAAUUUUAAACCCUCCAUAACACAGGAACACUGACCUGAAAUUCCCCGCACCUACUCUGCGGCUCCAGUGCGUUGGCUUAAAUCGACUUUAUUAACAGAACGAUGGACGGUUUGUCUUUCAAUUGUCUU